CUUGGAUUGAGGGUCUCUGGCUGCGGAGGGCUCGCUGGCGGCACGCGACGCGGUGCCGAAGUGGGGGGCUCGCUGCUCCGGGGCCGCUAACAUCCGGGUCGGGGGGCUCUCGCGCGGGGUGCGGGGGUCUCUCCGCCGUCCCCGCCCUCCCGCAGGCGCUCCGAGCGCCCCUUGGGAACCGAGUUCCGGUCCCUCCCGCCCACUCGGGCCGGCGAGGGCGCGGGGGCGGGAACCGAGCCCGUGACGCGGCGGAGCGGCCCCGGACGCGCCGCAUAAAUCGCGGUGGCGGCGGCUCCGGGCGCUGACACGUCGAGGGAGCCCGCCCUGAGCUUCCCGCCUCCGUGUCCCCGAGGCCGCGCCAUGCGGUGAGAGCCCCCUGCCCUACCCUACUCGACCCGACUCGACGGACGCGCGGCCCCGCCGACAUCCCCGGACCUGCUGACGCCCCAGGACCUGCAGAUCCCCCGGGACCCGCCGCUCAAGAUGCCCAGAGGCUGCGCCCUCCUGCUCGCCUCGCUGCUCCUCGCUGCGGCCCUUUCAGCCACCCUGGGGCUCGGGUCGCCGGUGAAGGAAAAGAGAGGCUGGACCCUGAACAGUGCUGGCUACCUUCUUGGACCACAUGCCAUUGACAACCACAGAUCAUUUCACGACAAGCAUGGCUUCACUGGCAAGCGGGAACUCGAGCCUGAAGACGAAGCCAGGCCAGGAAGCAUUGACAGGCGGCUGUUGGAGAACAAUGUCGUGCGCACGAUAAUCGAGUUUCUGACUUUCUUGCAGCUCAAAGACGCUGGGGCCCUGGAGCGCCGGCCCGGCCUCCCCGCAGUGCCCUCGGAAGGCGUGGAGCAGUCCUAGGAGGCUCCCAGGGCGGUGCUGCUCUUCGUGGGCAUCGAAGUCAAGCUCGAAGCCUAUGAUAAUCAUACGGCAACGAGUGCAGAGUCAACCACCCCCGUCCUCUCUGCCCUGCUGCUGUGCUCUCAUCAUUUAAGAUUCUUUCCCUUUGGUCAUAAUUUUGAGCGGCAAAUAAAAAACCA